AUGGCUUUUAAAUUUGUCGUAUUGUCUGCUCUCUUGGCUGUGGCCAGUGCCGGUUUCAUUGCAUCUCCUCCUAGCCAUUAUACCAUAACAAAAACCGUUAAUCCUUCGGAAGAUGCUGUUGCUCAGACACAUGAAAGUGUUGUGCGUUCGUAUGAUGGUACCGUAUCACAGUAUUCCAAAUCGGUACAUACACCCUACUCGAGUGUACACAAGGAGGAUACGCGUAUCAAUAAUAAUGUCUAUGCGCCCAAGACAAUUACCUAUACCGCUCCAGCUGUUGCCAAAACUGUGACUUAUGCAGCCGCACCCACCGUAACCAAGACCGUUUAUAAUAACCCCGAAAUUCAUGAACAACAACAUACUGAAGAGCAUGUUUAUGCUGAACCUGCACCCACAGCUGCUGUCUACACUCAUUCGGCUCCCACGGCUGCCGUGUACACUCAUGCCACACCUGCUGUUACCUCUUAUACUCAUCAUGUUCCCACUGCCCAUCAUACCGUCUAUACUCAUGCUGAACCUACUGCUCACCCCACUGCUGCUGCUGUUUAUCAACAUCAUGAGGUUCCAUCUACCGCCAGCACCACCACCUAUACUCAUCAACAUGCUCCUUCGACUACCACCUAUAAUCAUGGACCAGCUGCCACAACUUAUAGCCACAAUGGUCAUGGUGUCUCAGCCUAUGGUUCAAGCCAAACUGUCCAUUAUUCACCCGCCCAUAUGGUAUCACAUAUGAGCUUUGAUGGUUUCGGUACCCAUUGGGGUUAUUAA